AUGUCUUCUCAAUACCCUGACUACAAUUACCCCGACUCUGACCGUAUGCAGCAGCGCGAGAGGUCUCGUUCGCCCCGUCGUCGUCCUUCUCGCAGUCCCCGACGAACCCGUCGCUCUUACUCGCCGCGCAGUCGCUCUCGUAGCCGUGACGAUUACCGUCGCAGUGAUCGCGAUCGCCGUUCUCGUUCUCCGUUGAGUGCUUCUGGUGCUGCUGGACCGUCGGGCUCUCCCUACGGUGGACGCAGUAGUUACGCGCCGGGUCGAAACUUUGAGGAUCGUUCUGCCGCUAAAGAAAAUAUGAUGCAAUCCGUCCGCGACUCGUCCCAACAAGACCGCCGGGUCUAUGUCGGCAACCUUUCAUACGAUGUGAAAUGGCACCACUUGAAAGAUUUUAUGCGACAGGCUGGAGAAGUUCUCUUUGCCGAUGUUUUACUUCUUCCAAAUGGAAUGUCGAAGGGAUGCGGGAUUGUGGAAUACGCUACGAGGGAGCAAGCACAAAACGCAGUCAACACGCUUAGCAACCAAAACUUGAUGGGCCGCCUCGUUUACGUCCGCGAAGAUCGUGAGGCCGAGCCUCGUUUCAUCGGUGGUCCUCCCCGCGGCGACUUUGGCGGUGGUGGCCGCGGUGGCUUCGGUGGUGGAUUUGGCGGCGCCCCCGGUGGUGGUGGUGGUGGUGGCCGUCAACUCUAUGUGUCGAACCUUCCAUUCAAUGUUGGCUGGCAAGACUUGAAGGAUCUGUUCCGCCAAGCUGCCCAGCAGGGUGCCGUUAUCCGUGCCGAUGUGCACACCGACCCAACCGGUCGUCCCAAGGGCUCCGGUAUCGUUGCCUUUGAGUCUCCGGAUGAUGCACGCAACGCCAUUGCGCAGUUCAACGGUUACGAAUGGCAGGGUCGUCCUUUGGAGGUUCGUGAGGACCGCUUCGCUGGCGGUGGCCCCGGUUUCGGUGGCCGUGGUGGUUUCGGCGGCGGCUUUGGUGGCCGCGGUGGCUUCCCUGGAGGUGGCCGUGGCGGCUUUGGCGGUCGCGGCGGAUUCGGCGGUGGCUUUGGCGGCCGUGGUGGAUUCGCUGGGGGUGCUCCUGGUGGUGGCUUUAGCGGUGGUGGUUUUGAGAACCCCGUUGCCUCGGUCCCCCCGAACCCUUUCACCGACUUUGCAACCUCUGGCGGCGAUAAGAGCGGUGUUAUCUACGUUCGCAACCUGCCCUGGUCUACUUGCAAUGAGGACUUGAUCGAUCUGUUCUCCACGAUUGGUAAGGUCGAUCGUGCCGAGAUCCAGUACGAGCCUAAUGGCCGCUCCCGCGGCACUGGCGUCGUUGAAUUCGAUAGCCCCGAUACUGCAGAGACUGCGAUUUCCAAGUUCACUGGCUACCAGUACGGAGGUCGUCCUCUUGGAAUUACUUUUGUCAAGUAUCUGAAUGCCGGCGGCGCCCCUGCUGAUAUGAUGGAGGGAGCCGAGCCAACAGACCACAUCACUCAGGAUCAGAUCAUGUAA